AUGGCCCAGGCACCCAGAAAAAAGAAAGCCGCCCAGAAGGUGGCUCCAGUAGGAGAGAAGGAAGACAAGGAAAACCAGGAGACUGAGGAACCCUCCAAAACGGGCACAUAUCUUGUAACACUUCCAACUGCCAUGGUGAAGUUUUCAAAGUCCAAUAAAAAGAAAGAGAAGGAUUCUAAAACUCCCCAAACAUUAUCGGACCCAAAAGACAGUGAUUAUUUCGAGGGGUCAUUCGGCUUGGGCGGUCUAGUUUUCCCUUCUUUACAGCGUUUCAACAACGUUUAUUGUUUUAAUAUUUUUCUCUCGCUGGCGAUCUUUGCUCAUGGUAUUAUAUUUGCUCUUGUGGAUCUGAGUUUGAAAAAGUAUGAAGAAGAAUUUUCUCUGUCAAGGAGAGAGCUAUUCGUAUUGGAUUUCAGUGAUUAUUUUGCAUCUUUCCUAGCAGCAAUAUUUAUAGGACACUAUGGAGGCCGAGGGAACAGGCCGAUAUGGGUGGCAGUUUCCUCCUUUACAGUAGUAAUAGCAUCAAUUACAUUUGUUUAUCCUUUCAUUCACUAUGUAAUUAUAAGACCAGUGGAAGCAAGUCAAGAGCUGUGCAUACCAGGUGAAAUGGCAGUGGCAAGUUGUGAGAGGAAAUUGGCACACAGAACAUUAUGUGUCUAUCUCUUCCUCUUGGGGCAGAGUCUCCAUGGACUAGCUGGGAUGCCAAUGUUGAUCCUUGGCGUGACCUUCGUUUAUGACCAUGUUCCCCUCUACUCAUCUGGCUCUUACAUAGCUGUCGAGGAAGCUGCACAACUGCUCGGGUACCUUUGCGGUUACACAGUAGGAAAAAUGGGUCUUGUGCCUCCUCAAGGUAUAACUGCAAAUGCAGAGAGAAGAAGCCUGUGGCCAAGAAAGCUGGUGGUGAUGCUGCUCCCCCAGCCGCCGAUGCAGCCAAAAAGGGUGACCCAAGCCCAAAAGAGGAAGCGCCAUUGCAGCCGGAACUCGCGAUCUGCCAUGUAUUCCAGAAAGGCCUUGUAUGAAAAGCAGUACAUACCUGCUGAGACCAAGGUUGAGAGGAAGAAGAAAAGAGAGAAGCCCCGUGCUACUGUCACAAAAGUAGUCUGUGGUGACAAGAAUGGUGGUACCCGGGUGGUGAAGCUUCGAAAAAUGCCUAGGGGCAAGAGAGUGGUUUUCCGGAAGCAACUGGGAAGCGGCUUGCUGCUUGUGCCUGGACCUCUUGCCAUCAACAGAGUUCCUCUGCACAGAACACACCAAAAGUUUGUCAUUGCCACAUCUACAAAAGUCGAUAUGCAUGAGGUUAAAGUCUCUAAACAUCUGGCUGAUGCUUACUUCAAAAAAAAGCAGCUGGGCAAGCCCAGGCACCAGGAGGGCAAGAUCUUUGACACCGAGAAUGAGAAAUAUGAUGUUACAGAGCAGCGAAAACUGUGGACUGGAACUUCUGAUGGCCUUGUAGAGUGGCAGAAACCUUGGUGGCUUGGCUACUUUAUAAGUGGUACACUUGCAUUGAUUGCAGGUUUUCCAUUGUUAUGUUUUCCAGCUACUUUGCCUGGUGCUAACAAGGUAAGACGUGAGAAAGAAAAGGAACGUCCAGCCUUUGACAAGAGGCUUAAAGAUAAGAAAUAUGGACCUCACUUGAAGGACAUGUUUCGUGCUACAUGGUGGAUGUUUAGGAACCCAUUGAUGAUGAGCCAGGCAUUCUGCAAAGUUACAGAGACUGUAGGCUUUAAGGAAUCUGCCUUCUUUCUGCCCAUAUAUUUAGAAAAUCAGUUUAUGUUAACAUCUUCAAAUGCCUCUACAGUUUCAGGAUAUCUUAUCUUUCUUGGACUUGUUACUUCUCGUUAUGUGGGAGGUGUGAUUAUAGACAAACUGGAAAUGUCAUGGAAGAAUAAAGUGAAAUUUACAAUACUAGCACAAAUUUUAUCAAGUGUGCUUUUUCUGUUAAUCUUUUUUGUAUCAUGUGAAACAGUGAAAUCUGCCGGAAUCAAUACUGCUUAUGAUGGCACAGGUAAGAUUGGAAACCUCACAGCUCCAUGCAAUGUAAAAUGUGAGUGCUUAAAUUCCAUCCAUAUUGCUGUAUGUGGAAGAGAUGAGACUGAAUAUUUCUCUCCAUGCUUUGCAGGCUGCAAAGCUAUGAAAUUCUUAAGUGAUGAAAAGGCAUACUACAAUUGUUCUUGCAUUAAAGAAGGACUGACAACUUCAGAUGCAGAUGGUCAUUUUAUUGAUGCUAUUUUGGGAAAAUGUAAUAGCAACUGUCAUUCAUUACCUUUGUUUCUUGCUUUUUUCUUUGCUUCAGUAUUUUUUGCUAAUAUAAGUAGUGUACCUGCCACAAGACGUUGGCUUCCUGCACGGGAAAUAACGUUCGCCGCGGAGGUGAAAGUGGCAGCGCUCUUAGUGACAGCCGUAGUCACCUGA